AUGUCAACGGCACGCAGCUGUGCAAGCUGUUUGCGAAGCAGCCGUCCACCAUCCACCUCGACUCGCCGGCGUCUGCUCUCCACAAGUACCGCUUCCACUGCAGCCUCCUCGUCUUCCACCUCGAAACCAGCACGUCUACGAUUCGCGCCUUCGCCGACAGGCUACCUCCACCUCGGAGGGUUACGCACGGCACUCUUCAACCAUCUCUACGCGCGCGCGCUCGGAGGAAAAUGGAUCCUGCGCAUCGAAGAUACGGAUCAGACGCGACUCGUGCCCGGCUCAGUAGCGGCGCUGCAAGAGACCCUCGAGUGGGCCAAGCUCGACUACGACGAAGGCCCAUCUGCAGGUGGCCAGCAUGGUCCAUAUGUUCAGAGUGAGCGGCUGGAUUUGUACCGCGCGUACGCAGAGAGGCUGAUUAGCGAAGGAAAGGCGUAUCGGGAUUUCCGCGCGGAAGUCGGCGCACCCGAAUCACCAACACGGACGAAACAUAUGCCGCUGCGAGACAGCUACAUCCCGCCCACCGAGUCGGAAGCGAAACACCUGAUCAGCCUCAAUAAGCCGUAUGUCGUCCGGCUGCGUGCGCCCACGUCGGCGCUCGAUCACGACGACCUGGUGUACGGCAGGCUGCACUUCCCCGCGGACCCGCACCGGCAGGGCACGGAAGACCCGAUCCUGCUGAAAUCCAACGGGUGGCCGACGUACCACCUGGCCAACGUGGUGGAUGACCACGAGAUGCGCAUCACGCACGUGCUGAGGGGCGAAGAGUGGCUGCCGUCGCUGCCUAAGCAUCUUUGGCUGUACGCGGCGUUGGGGCUGGAGCCGCCGCAGUUCGCCCACCUGCCGCUGCUGGUGAAUGCGGACGGAACCAAGUUGAGCAAACGCACGGGUGAUGUGCGCGUAGAGAGCUACCGGAGCAAGGGACUCGAGCCGGAAGCACUGUGUAACUUUUUGGGAUUGAUGGGGUAUAACAAUCUGGCGUAUCAUGAGGGGAGAGGCGGGGAGCAGACGGACGAGACGGCAUACGACGUCUUGACAAUGGGCGAGAUGGUGCGUGGGUUCGAUAUUGCGCAUGUCAACAGGAGCAGGGCCACGGUGGAUAUGAGCAAGCUGUACUACCUCAAUGCGCGGCACGUGGCGCUCAAGCUGGCGGACACAACGCCCGGUGGAGGGAGGGAGGAACUGGUGGCCAAAGUCAAGCCUCGCCUGGUGCAAGCGUUCCCGCAAGUGGCGCAGAGAUUCGAUGAGCCACGGCUGGUCGAGACGGUGCUGGAGCUGACCAAGGGCACCUCGGCGACGCUGUACGACGUGCCGCAAUCAGCCACGCCUCUGUUCUGCCGCCCGUCGUUCCCGGUGGAAUGCAUCGAGCUGUUCAAACGCAAUGCGCUGGUGCACACGCAUUUCGGCAGCGCCGUCUCUCUCGCCCUCGAUCGCUUCCUCCAGCUGGACGAAUGGUCGAGAGAUGCGAUCCAUGAGGUGAUUGCCAAUCUGCCCAAGCUGCUUUCCAAUGCACAGCCGCCCGUGGAGGCCGCGACAGGAGACAAGCAGGGAGGAGCAAAGAGCAAAGUCAAGAAAGCAGCCGUGCUCGCGCCUCUCCGAUUCGCCAUCAGCGAGAGGGAACGAGGCGCGCCACUGGCGGACCUGUUCCUGUUCUUGGGCAAGCAGGAGUCGGUGGAUCGACUUCGGGCUGCACUGGACGCAUUCGAGGUGGGGACGUUCUAG